CGCGCCACUGCAGUUCACUGCACUGGCGCCAUUCUUUUCUCUCGCGAGUCGCGUCGCGUCUUGCUAUUGCUAGGUACCGCCAGAUUAAAACGAAAUUAGAUUCGAAGCCGUCAAGUGAAGUUAAGUGUUCGUGAUUUUAUGUUAAUUACGUAGUUUAUGUAAUUAAGUGUAAUUUUAAGUAAGCAUACUGAAGCAGGAUAUAUAAAAUGCCGACAAAUAAGAAGAAAAGUUUAAUUUGGAAUUAUUUCCAAAGAGGUGUCAAUAAUAAGGAAGCGACAUGCAAAUUUUGCAAUAAAACUUUGAAGACUUCAGGUAAUACUACUAAUCUGCGGGGUCACAUGGAAAAAAAACACGCUGAUGUUGUUCAGGAUUGUAUAACAGAAGAACCUUCACAAAAAAAACUGAAAUUAAAUGAUGUAACUGAUACUACUGCUCAAAGUAGCGAACCUGCUAUUAGUCAUCCUGAAAGUACUGAUGCUGUUACGCCUCUAAUGUCGGUAAUAAAUGUUGAUUCCAUGGACAUUGUUAAUAAAGGAGCUAGUACUUCUAGUGGUUUUGAAAAACCUCAACAACAGCCCAAUGUGGGUGUGGGUCAAUUGUUUACCAAUAUAAAAAGUAUAACAAGUACUGAAGGUACCAAAAAUAAGAAGAUCACUGAGGCAAUUUUAAAUUUUAUAAUUUUAGAUCAUAAAGCGUUUUCAGUUGUGGAAGGGAAAGGAUUCCUACAACUUCUGAAGGAAGUUGUGCCCUUAUAUAAAGUUCCUUCUAGAGAAACAUUCAAAAAACGGGUCGAUGAUAAGUAUGAAGUCAUGUCAGGUAUUUUCAAAAAUUAUAUAAAAUCAGCACAAUAUUAUUGCCUUACAUACGAUAUAUGGACAGAGACGAUGCAAAAUAAGUCUUUUGUUGGUGUCACCAUUCAUUUUUUAGAAGAAACGAAACUUACAAGUGGUACUUUGGGAGUUUUCGAGUUAUUCGAAAGACAUACAGCAGAGUAUGUACAACGAAGGCUUACAGAGAUCCUUACCGAAUGGUGUAUUUCAAUUGAUAAAGUUACUGCCAUUGUUACUGAUAACGACAGUACGGUUAUGAAGGUAAAUAGAGACAUGUUCGGAGAAAAAAAAAUAAUACCGUGCUUUGCUCAUACUGUGAAUCUAACUAUAGAUAAUCCAUUGACGAGAUCUGAAACUGCAUCUCAGAUUAUAGGUAAAGUUCGCGAAAUUGUAAAGUUUAUAAAACGCAGUGUCAAUGCCAGCGAUGAGUUGCGUAAAAAACAAAGAGAAGCCGGUUGUAAAGAAGGUCAAACAAAGAAGCUUAUUCUAGAUGUACGUACUAGGUGGAAUUCCACCUUUUAUAUGUUAGAACGUUUCUUGGAGUUAGUUUCAACGAUUGGUGCAAUAUUAUUAUGCCGUUCCGAUGCUCCACCAAUGCUGACAUCUAGUGAAAUUGGCUGUUUACGUGAAAUCGUGCAAUUGAUAAAACCAUUUGAAAAACUGACCAAGGAGAUUUCUGGACAGAAUUAUAUCACAGUCAGUAAAGUUAUUCCACUUAUUAGUUGUUUGCGAGGUAUGUUAGAAAACUUUUCUCCGAAAUUUGAAGCUGCAAUUUCUUUAAAGACUGAAAUUGAGAAGGAAGUAAUGAAGCGAUUUGAUAAUAAGUUAGAACACAACUCAUCUUUGGCUUUAGCAACCGCUCUGGAUCCGCGCUUUAAACUCAUUCAUUUUAAAGAUGCAAUGGCCAAAGCUAAAGUCGUGAAUUAUGUGAACAACUAUGUGAAAAAUAUGCAAUCUAUGAUUUCACCAGCUGAGUCUUCUGACGAAUCAGAAAGAGAAGAAAAGGCAGAUCGUGAAUCAGAUAUAUGGAGUUACCAUAAACAAUUAACACACGAUAACUUGAAAAAUAAGAUAACAAGAAAAGCAGAAUCAGAAUUUCAUAUGUUUAUAUCUUCACCCGUUAACUCAAUAAAAGAAGAUCCAAUAGAAAUCUGGGAAGAUAUGAAAACUGUAUUUCCAUAUUUAUAUAAACUAGCUAUGAAACAUUUGCCGAUAGUCGCAACUUCUGUCCCCAGUGAGAGGUUAUUUUCUGAAGCUGGAGCUGUAAUUACCCAAGAAAGAAACCGGUUACUCGGCAGUAGAUUAUCAAAAUUAUUAUUUUUGAAUUCUGUAAUGAGAAAAAAUAAUAAAUAACUUCUGUUUAAUUCAUAAUACAUGUGAUUACAUAUCUUUGUCUUAAUAAAUGUGAUUAUCUUUGUCUUUCUGAUAA